AUGUCGUCUUUGAAGAAAGUACCUGAUCCCAAUGAAUUAGCGCCUACUUCAUCCUGUUCCCCGGGACAAGUCGAAGCAGGCGUCAUCAGCAAUAAUGUCCGGACAAGCACACAUCGAGGGAUCACCGCCCGGCACAGCCAGAUGAUUGCAUUAGGAGGUACGAUUGGAACUGGCUUGUUUGUCGGCUCCGGUCAAGCAUUGGCCCGUGUCGGUCCAGGGUUCCUUCUGUUCGCCUAUUGCGUACUCGGCUUUCUCAUCUACUCCAUGAUCACGGCGACGACUACGGUUAGUGCCUACUUGCCACUACCAGGCUCGUCCAUGGCUUCAUAUGCAGGCCGCUAUGCUUCCAAAAGCUUGGGAUUUGCAAUGGCGUGUCUUUAUUGGUACUCAUUUGCAAUCAUUGUGGCAUAUGAGAUCACUGCGGCGGCUUUGGUCAUUGAUUAUUGGCCCAACGGCGUUCAUACUGGCGUCUGGGUUACUAUUCUGCUGGUUGUCGUCGUGGGGCUAAAUUUAUCCCCUGUAGCAGUUUAUGCCGAGACAGAGUUUUGGUUCGCCUCAACAAAGGUAAUUAUGCUAUUGGCGCUAUUGAUAUUGUCUGUAGUCUUGUGCUUAGGUGGUGGGCCAAACCAUGAGCGCCUCGGCUUUGGCUAUUGGCAGGAACCAGGAGCUUGGAACUCAUACUUGGUUGACGGCGCUGCCGGGAGAGUUUGUGCCUUUGUUUACGCUUUGGUAUAUUCGUCUUUCUCUUUCGGCUUCGGUCCAGAGCUAAUCGUGCUUACUGGUGGCGAGAUGAAAUCUCCGCGUCGCAACCUGAUCAAAGCCGCAAAUACAUUCAUCUUAAGGCUUUGUAUCUUUUACAUACUUGGCGCGCUUGCGAUUGGUGUCAUUUGUCCAAGCAACGCCUCAGGACUUACCAGUGGCUCUAGUGAUGCAGCAGCUUCCCCCUGGGUUAUUGGCAUCAAACAGGCUGGCAUCAAAGGCUUGGACCAUGUUGUCAAUGCUGGUAUUGUUAUAUCCGCCUGGUCUUCGGCAAAUGCCUAUCUUUACAUGUCAAGCCGAACACUGUAUUCUGCAUCAGUCAACGGAGGUGCCCCAAAGAUCUUUUCGCGUUGCAUGAAAAACGGCCUGCCCAUUUAUGCAGUUUUGCUCUGCUCCAGUUUUGCAUUGCUGGCAUAUCUCAACGUCGGGACAUCAACUGGAGUUGUCUUCAACUGGCUCAUCAAUCUCACGAACAGUGCUAUCUUUAUUUCUUGGAUAUGUAUUUCUUUCGUGUUCCUCAGAUUCACACGAGCUUGCGAAGUGCAAGGAGUCAAAGAUUUACCCUACACUUCCGUACUACAACCUUACGCUGCAUACGCCAAUAUCGCAAUCUUCUCAGUUCUGUUACUUCUCAAUGGCUUCACCGUAUUUUUCCCAGGGCAGUGGGAUACUUCCAUCUUUCUCACAUCGUAUCUCGGCAUUCCGAUCUUCCUGGUGCUCUUUGCAGUACAUCGGUUUAUGCACCACCAAGAGCAUACAAUCAUUCCCUCAGAACAGGUAGACCUGCGCACGGGUAUGAAUGAGAUUAUUGCCGUUGAAGACGACUCGGCCUCAUCAGGCCUGAAGCAGCCCUUGAAGAUGAAACUACGCGCCGCUCAUCAGCGACUACUUUCUAGAACGCAUGUUGGCGCGUAA